UAAUGAGAUCAAAUUCUCAUUAGGUAAUAGGAGAAUUGCCAUAAGUGAAUGCUGAUCCUACUCCAGAUAUGUAAACAAUUGAAAUUAAGAAAGAAGAAUCAAGUAAUUGUUUCUUAUUUAUUUUAGCAUAUCGAUUUUCGAAUACUAAUAUUUGCAAUAUUGAAUAACUCAUUUUGCAUUCUAUCUAUGAGGGUAACAUUGAUUAAUUAAAAUCAAUGAAAAUCCAUCUUAGAGAUUUAAAUUAUUUAGAAGAAUUUAGUGAAGAUUUUAUAGAUAAAUAAAUAUUCCCUUUAGCGUUGGCAGUUGCAACAGGCUAACUAGAAAUAGUUAAGUUACUCUUACAAAAUGAGGCCAUAGAAGUGAAUAUGGUUACUAAACCAUAAGAAUUGUCAGCAUUAAAAUUGGCUUGUAGCAAUGGAUAUUAUGAGAUAGCCGAACUUCUAGUUUAACAAGAUGCAAAUGUAAAUUAAGCUGAUUCAAAGGGAUCUGUGCCUUUAUUUUAUUGUUUCAGCAGAUUAGAAGAGGAAACUAAUUAUUUUGAGAAUAAGCAAUUAUGUUUUAAAUUGGCUGAAUUAUUAAUUGAAAAUGGAGCAAAUAUUGAUGCAGUAGUAAAUGCUGAUAAAGGAUAUACAUUAUUGAUGCUUUUUUGUGCAGUCAAAGAUAAAUUAAAUCCAAGAGAUUUAAGAGUAAAUUUGGAUGUUAUUCGAUUCUUGCUCUCAAGAGGAGCAUCAAAAGAUAAAUUAAGUACUAAAGGCAAGACAGCCCUUUAGUUAUCAAAGCAUCAUUGUGCAAAAGAGGAAGUUUAAAAGAUGCUCAAAGAUGUCAAACCAACUUAAUAUAAAAUAUUCUCUCAUAGACCUCAAAUCAUUUAAUAAUAAGUUAUUAAAUAAGAAGGAGUAAAAGGAUCUGGAAAUAAUAAUGGAUUAUGUUGUGGUCUAUUAUCAUCUAGUAGAAAUAGACCUUAAUAAGAAAGGCCAUGGUGGCAAUUUUUUUGA